AUGAAGGUCCUCAUGUUUGUCUCUGCACUUGUUGCAUUCAUCAUAACUGCGCUAGCUGGAACAGUUCCUCUCGAAUCCAGACAAUCCAUCGUCGGAUUGUGGGGGAAAUCAACUGAUAUUCCCGUUCUAUAUUGCUACAUGGACGCUCCAUGCAUGCAAAUGCGACAGCACUGGCAGUCCUGUCAAGUAGAUCUUUUCGAAGACAUCAAAGCACCCAUCGGCAAUCCCACCGCCCGCGACGAAUUAAUCGCAAGCUGUCUUUGCAACGCUGGCAUGCCAGCCCUAACAUCCGAAUGUCUCGCCUGCAUCAGUCUUUCUAGCCAAAAUUUCUUGGUCCAGGAAACUUUGUACACGAUGGCUCAGGAUGUGUGUGAUAAGAAAACUACGCUAGGUCAAUAUGAAAAUUAUGCUUUGCAAUUCGGCGGUGCGCUGCAGUUUCCGCUUGUUUUGCCGUCGCUUUGGCUUAAUGGGACGAAAGUUACUUCUCCGAAUCAGAUUGUUGGGGAGGAGUAA